CCUUCUUGGCGCGCGCGGGGUUCCCUCCCGGGCCGCCCACUGGGGUGCGCUGUGCUCCGUUUCCCGCGGCCUCCCGGUGAGGUAACCCGUGGUCCGGGUAGCGGCUGCAGCAGCCGGCAGGCUCCCCCCCUCCCGCCGCCGUGAUGCCCAGCGUGCAGCUGCCGCCCAAGGAGAGCGCCCUCUUCAAGCGCGUGCUGAAAUGUUAUGAGCAGAAGCAAUACAAAAAUGGCCUCAAGUUUUGCAAGAUGAUUAUUUCGAACCUGAAAUUUGCUGAACAUGGAGAGACUUUGGCUAUGAAAGGACUAACACUAAACUGUUUAGGAAAAAGAGAAGAAGCGAAUGAAUUUGUUCGUAAAAGACUUCGAAGUGAUGUCAGGAGUCAUGUUUGUUGGCAUGUAUACGGCCUCUUGCAGUGUUCGGAUAAGAAGUAUGAUGAAGCUAUUAAGUGUUACCGAAAUGCCCUCAGAUUAGAUAAAGAUAAUUUGCAAAUCUUGAGGGAUCUCUCUCUAUUACAGAUUCAGAUGAGAGACCUUGAAGGAUAUCGAGAGAACACAUACCAGCUUCUUUAGUUGCGCCCAACACAGCAUGCUUCCUGGAUUGGAUAUGCCUUUGCGUACCAUUUACUGAAAGAUUACGAUAUGGCGCUAAAAUUACUAGAAGAAUUUAGACAAACACAGCAGGUUCCUCCUGACAAAAUAGAUUAUGAGUAUAGUGAAUUUAUCCUAUAUCAGAAUCAAGUGAUGAGAGAGGCAGGCUUAUUUCAAGAAUCUUUGGAACAUAUAGAAACAUACGAGAAGCAGAUACGUGAUAAACUUUUGGUGGAAGAAAUUAAGGGGGAAAUGCUGUUGAAAUUGGGAAGAUUAAAUGAAGCCAGUGAAGUAUUCAAAAACUUGAUUGAUCGGAAUGCAGAAAAUUGAUGUUAUUAUGAAAGCUUGGAGAAGGCAUUGCAACUCCGUUCUUUAGAUGAGAGGCUUCCGAUUUGCAAAGAAAUUAGUAGGCAGCAUCCCAGAGCAGUUUCACCAAGAAGAUUGCCUUUGAAUCUUGUCCCAGGUUUCAAUAAUCCAGGAACUUGUUACUAAUUAUGAAGCUUCCCUUAAAAUGAAUGGCUUUUUUAGCCCUUAUGUUUCCAUUUCAGGAAGGAACAUCUGCCAUGGAAAAUCUAAAUGAAAUGCAGUGCAUAUGGUUUGAGACAGAAUGCAUUUCAGCGUAUCAGCGCCUCGGGAGAUAUGGGAUGCCUUGAAAAAAUGCCAUGAAGUAGAAAGGCACUCCUUCUACAUGGACCGCAGGAGGAAAGGAGCCCCAAAUGCACCCCUGAGGCAGUCCUCAGCAGCCCUCCCUCAGUUGUGGGGCACUCGGCACACUCUUCCCCUGCUGAUGCAGCAUAAAAACCACAGGCAUCGUGGUCAGAGAUACUGUCAGCCAAAGAACUGAAGAAAAUGCUUAGCAAGCAAAGAAGAGCCCAGAAAAAGGCUAAGUUACAAGAAGAGCGAAAGCACACAGAAAGGGAAUGUCAGCAGGAAAACCCAGAGAAAAAAAGAGAGGAAGAAGAAGAAACCGCCAGUGGUCAUAAGGAAGAACUUACAGCUGAAAAACUAGAAAGGGUUGACAAUCCAUUAGAGGAAGCCAUCAAGUUCCUCACUCCUCUAAAGACCCUUGCUGCUGAUAACAUUUAUACCCACCUGCUGGCAUUUGAAAUAUAUUUUAGAAAAGGGAAAUUUCUGCUAAUGUUGCAGUCUGUUAAACGAGCCUUUGCCAUCGACAGUAAUAAUGCAUGGUUGCAUGAAUUCUUGAUUAAAUUUUCCAAGUCUGGUAAGUAUAAGGAGGAGGUAUUCAUGUACAUGCAGCUAUGAAAAGCAAAUAUAAGCAAGUCAUCCUCCAUUUAGCUGGAUAGGAAGGAGACCACAAAGAUGUAAUGAAAGCAAAGGUUUGCCUGAUAUCAAAUGGCAGUUAUACCUGUAAUUAAACAAUUAGAUAGAAAUUAGUGCAUUUUAGACUAAACUAUUUGUUUCAAAGGAGUUGUAGAGUAAUUUUACUGUACAUAUAUAUUCAUUAAGCAUAACACUAAAUACAAAAAAUUUUCAGUUGAUUUUUUUCCCUUGAAAGGACAGAUAAAAACAUAUCCAAAUGUUUUUGUUUUUGUAGUAUCUAAUCAUAUUAAUCUUCCAGACAUUGUGAGCAAAGUUCUAGCUCAAGAAAUGAAGAAAGUAUUUGUCAACAAAGAUUUGCAUCGCUUUAAUGAGGAUUUCCUCAAACACAAUGCUACCGCUCUUCAGCAUCUACUUUCUGGUUUGUAUUUGGAAAAGUGUUCAGUCUAAUUAGUUACCAGAGGAAAAAAGGGAGAAAAGAGCACAAGACCAUUUGUAUUUUUGGACGGGCUGAAAUGUUCUUGUUAAAAUGGAGAAUAGAGUGUAUAGUAAGCUGCACACAGCCACUUAGGAAAGCAAUUUGUUCAUCUUACUAAGAGUUGCACAUUAGGUGCUGGAGAGAAGCUCAGUGGUUAAGAGUACUGCCGCUGCUCUUGCAGAGGACCCAGGUUCGGUUUCCAGAGCCCCACAUGGUGGCCCACAACAGUCCACAUCAAAUAUAAAUAAAAGUAUUUUUUGAAAGUU